AUGAAUGACAUUUUGAUCUCUGGCAAUCAUAGCAGCUCAAACAUCAUGUUUGGAGGUAAGGUCGUUGUUUUUGGUGGAGACUUUAGGCAGAUUCUUCCUGUGGUACAAAAUGGAAGCAUGCAUGACAUUGUUAAUGCGUCAUUAUGUUUUUCUUAUAUUUGGUCAAACGUCAAAGUCUUAAGGUUGACAAAGAACAUGAGGUUAUCUUUAGGGAACGACUCUACAAACAUCAAGGAAACUACUGCUUUUUCAAACUGGCUAUUAGACAUCGGAGAAGGAAAAGUUGGUGAAGCAAAUGAUGGUGAAUCAACUAUUGAUAUACCUGAAGAUCUUUUAAAUGGUGUACCUAAUCAUCAAUUAGUUUUGAAGGUGGGUGUUCCAAUAAUGCCACUUCGAAAUAUUGACCAGAAGAAUGGUUUGUGUAAUGGUACACGACUACGAGUACUUUAUCUUGGUAAUAGGGUGAUUGAAGCUGAGAUUAUAUCUGGUGCUAAUAUUGGUACAAGAACUUUCAUCCCCCGCCUUAGUCUGUCACUAUCUGAUAAGAAAAUCCCUUUCAAGUUCAAAAGAAGACAGUUUCCGGUUGUUGUUUGUUUUGCAAUGACUAUUAACAAAAGUCAGGGACAAUCAUUAUCCAAGGUUGGAUUGUUUCUCCAAGAUCCCGUUUUCUCACAUGGUCAACUUUAUGUGGCACUAUCAAGGGUUAAAAGUAGAGCCGGUUUAAAGAUGCCGAUAACAGAUAAAGAUGGCCAUGCUACAAAUAAGACCACAAAUGUUGUAUACAAAUAUUUUUUUGGAAAUUUAUAG